ACUCGACGCUGGUGUACUUUUCGUUUCUCAGGGAGGAGUCAGACGAUAGUUUCUUUAUUAAAGUGACAUGCUUAUUAAAUUAACAGUAAUUAUACAACAUGUACCGCUCAACGUGUCCAUAAUGUAAUCUACGCAUGCUGUCGACGUAAAGCUAGUGUUUGUUAAUUAGAUUAAAUUCGACAAAUGAAAAAACAGAUCGAGAGAAACUGACGGAACAGGAAGGCGGAACAAGAUCACAGACUGAAUCGAAACAAAGACUGAAAGAGUGUCCAUAACAACAUUUCUGCCGGUUGUUUACUCAACCUUUUGACCGCUUCUAUUUCAACUGUAAAUAAUUCACCAGAAUCAUUCAAACAAAUUGGCCGGUGCCACCACAUGCAACCAUGUCCAUGGCUCUGAAACAAGUCUUCAACAAAGACAGGACAUUCCGGCCCAAGCGCAAGUUUGAGCCCGGGACACAGCGCUUCGACCUACACAAGAAGGCACAGGCGUCUCUGAACGCAGGGCUGGACCUGAAGCAGGCCGUGCAGCUGCCCCACGGCGAGGACCUCAACGACUGGGUGGCCGUCCACGUUGUCGACUUCUUCAACCGCAUCAACCUCAUCUACGGGACCAUCAGCGACUCCUGCACCGAUCAAACCUGCCCCGUCAUGUCCGGCGGGCCCAAGUACGAAUACCGCUGGCAGGAUGAGCACAAGUACAAGAGGCCGACGGCACUGUCAGCCCCCAAAUACAUGAGCCUGCUCAUGGAUUGGAUCGAGGUACAAAUCAACAAUGAGAACAUCUUCCCCACCAACGUCGGUACUCCCUUCCCUAAGACCUUCAUGCAGGUCGCUAAGAAGAUUUUGUCUCGUCUGUUCCGGGUGUUUGUCCAUGUCUACAUCCACCACUUUGACCGUGUGAGCCAGAUGGGGGCCGAGGCUCAUGUCAACACCUGCUACAAGCAUUUCUAUUACUUUGUCACUGAGUUCAACCUCACGGACCACAAAGAACUGGAGCCUCUGAAAGAGAUGACCUCUCGGAUGUGCCACUGAGGGAUCACAGGUGGCCGGUCGACACGCCAGACGAACUCAUCCGUCCAUCUAGAAGACUAAGAGAACAAACAAAUUCAGAAAAGAGUCUAUUUUUAUAUUUAAGUACUGUAAUCUAUUUUAGCCACAUACUGUAGGUUUUAACCUUGUCAGGUGAGGCAUUCAAACAUUUUAUCACAGUAUUAAGAGGUAUAUGUUUGUGUGGAUGUUUUUCUAUUUUAUUUGAAUCUCAAUCAUUCCAGGAUGCUUUGGUCUUUCUGUCUGUCUAAAAUGAUCUUAAAUUAGUAUGAUAUUUUUCUUACUGUCCAUCUAUAAAAUCAUAAUGUUAUUUUAAAAUGAUCCUACAUUCUGUUAUAAAGUAAAUUUGGCAAUCAGUAUUUAAAUUAACUGAAUGGUUUUCCUUUCUGAAGCUAAUAGUACUGGACUGCUGCCCACCUUAUCUGUUGAUUAUUGUCCCAGGGUUUCCUGUAAAACAGUUAAGUCUGUUUUACUGACAGACAUCUGAACAAUCAUUGCAGUAAUUUGGUAUUAUUAUCAGGCAGAGAAGGUUUUAUGUACAAAUGUUACAAUGAGAAAAAUACAUUUUUUUUUCUGUUUCUAGGAGUCUUUUUAAUAUUUUGGAGACCAUUUCAUGAAUUUAAAUAAACCUGGUGCUUGGUACCAUUUAUAUAAAAGUUA